ACUCACGCACACCUCCAAAAAAAAAAAAAAUAACCGCACACCCAGACGCACACGCACACCCCACCGCCCGGCAGUUAUGUAUUCUCCGCUCUGUCUCACCCAGGAUGAGUUUCAUCCUUUCAUCGAAGCACUUCUGCCCCAUGUCCGAGCCUUCGCCUACACAUGGUUCAACCUGCAGGCCCGAAAGCGAAAAUACUUCAAAAAGCAUGAAAAACGCAUGUCAAAAGAAGAAGAGAGAGCCGUGAAGGACGAGUUGCUCAGCGAGAAGCCAGAGGUCAAGCAGAAGUGGGCAUCUCGCCUCCUGGCCAAGCUGCGCAAAGACAUCCGGCCCGAGUACCGGGAGGAUUUUGUGCUGACAGUGACAGGGAAGAAGCCGCCAUGUUGCGUUCUCUCCAACCCGGACCAGAAGGGCAAGAUGCGCAGAAUUGACUGCCUCCGCCAGGCAGACAAAGUCUGGAGGUUGGACCUCGUUAUGGUGAUUUUAUUUAAAGGUAUUCCGCUGGAAAGUACUGAUGGCGAGCGCCUGGUAAAGUCCCCACAGUGCUCCAAUCCUGGGCUCUGUGUCCAGCCCCACCACAUAGGGGUUUCUGUUAAGGAACUCGAUUUAUAUUUGGCAUACUUUGUGCAUGCAGCAGAUUCAAGUCAGUCUGAAAGUCCCAGCCAGCCAAGUGACGCUGACAUUAAGGACCAGCCAGAAAAUGGACAUUUGGGCUUCCAGGACAGUUUCGUCACAUCAGGUGUUUUCAGUGUGACCGAGCUGGUAAGAGUGUCACAGACACCAAUAGCUGCAGGAACUGGCCCAAAUUUUUCUCUCUCAGAUUUGGAAAGCUCUUCGUACUACAGCAUGAGUCCAGGAGCUAUGAGGAGGUCUUUACCCAGUACAUCAUCUACCAGCUCCACAAAGCGCCUCAAGUCUGUGGAAGACGAGAUGGAUAGUCCUGGAGAAGAGCCGUUCUACACAGGCCAAGGGCGCUCCCCUGGAAGUGGCAGCCAGUCGAGUGGGUGGCAUGAAGUGGAGCCAGGAAUGCCAUCUCCCACCACACUGAAGAAGUCGGAGAAGUCGGGUUUCAGCAGCCCCUCCCCUUCGCAGACCUCCUCCCUGGGAACAGCCUUCACCCAGCACCACCGACCAGUCAUCACAGGACCCCGAGAGUUCAAGAUGGUUCCCAGCAUCCUCGGUUCUCCUUUCUGGAAAAUCUACUCAGCAAGUCCACAUGCGACACCAUCGACUCUUCAUUUUCCGACAUCACCCAUCAUCCAGCAGCCAGGCCCUUACUUCUCACACCCGGCCAUCCGCUAUCACCCUCAGGAGACGCUGAAAGAGUUUGUCCAACUUGUCUGCCCUGAUGCUGGUCAGCAGGCUGGACAGGUGGGGUUCCUCAAUCCCAACGGGAGCAGCCAAGGCAAAGUGCACAACCCAUUCCUUCCCACCCCAAUGUUGCCACCGCCACCACCACCACCGAUGGCCAGGCCUGUGCCUCUGCCGGUGCCAGACACAAAACCCCCAACAACAUCAACGGAAGGAGGUGCAGCCUCCCCCACCUCACCAACCUACUCGACACCCAGCACUUCCCCCGCAAACCGAUUCGUCAGUGUUGGACCCCGGGAUCCAAGCUUUGUAAAUAUCCCGCAACAGACACAGUCCUGGUACCUGGGAUAAAAGUCGCAGCAUCCCACCAUCCACCCGACAGACCACCUGACCCCUUCUCAACUCUGUAACAUGGACGCAUCCGCACCCCAAGCGCGGUUACAACUUCACUGUCAGUGGAAGGGGAGGAAAAGCCUAUUCAAAUCAACUUGUACACAGAAACAGCAAGCAUUAUGGUCCAACAGCAAAGGCCAUAACCUUUUGGGAUUUUUUUUUAAAAAAAGAAAAAUACUUUUGGGACUGUUGUAAUCUUCUCAUAUGGUGCUGGAAAUGGCCGGGCUUCUGAGUAGGGGAAGUAUUGGUGUGGUGGCUUGAGCAUGAGGGCGAGGUGGCAAGACAAGGUGCCCUCUUGCUCACUGACUUCCUGUGGGAACACACUUGGCUUCCGGAGCCUGGCAGUUUCGCAGUAUUCCAUGAAUUCACCCACACAGGUGUGAGCCCCCGUGAGCACACAGGGAGGCCCAUGGAGAACUAAAUCUUUUGUAGUAGCUGAUAAUCUGCAAUCUAUACCUGAUGAGACAGUCAAAGGGCAAUGUUUCUCUGUAACACAUUGGGAGAUGAAAACACAGUUAUGUUCCUUUGUUCCUUUCUCUUUUUUGGUUUGGUUUGGUUCCGCAGUCAGCAGCUCAAUCUCUAACAUGGCCCGCAAGACAGUGAAUCCACUCUCGAAGCAGAAUGAUUCCGGAAAUGGCAAACUACUACUUACUACUAUUCAGUUUUUUUUAAAAGUUUUGAAAUGCUGCACUUAACAUUUAAAAAAAAAAACAAAAAACAAAAAAAAUACAAAAAAACGACAAAAAAAAAACCAUCUUUAUUUUUCAACAAUUUCAACAAUGACACAAAAAUUCAUAUGGAAAUGGGGAAGAUGGUCUGUUUUGACAGAAACUGACAGGAAUCAAUCAAAAACAAUCGAAUUUUGAAUUGAGUAAAGUGCAAUUUCAUUGGAUAGCUAAAUAUCUUUGUAAGAUAGAGAUUGUUGAAAAUUCUAUUUUUGUUUUUCAAGUCCUCCCACCCCAGGACUCUAAAUUAUUGGGGUAAAAAACAGCCUUGCAAGAAAAAGGGGAGCUAUUUUUGCUUUUUAUGUUUUUUAUUGUUAAACUUGUAUCCCUUGAAAAACUGAAGGAAAAUUAAAAAAAAAAAAACAAAAAACACAAAAAAAAAACAAAUCUAAUGGUGCUUUUACCACAAUAUGUUAACUACAUUAAAUGCUAAUUAAUUAUUUUCUGUUAUCAAAGCACAUAACUAAAAUGAAAUCAUAGUAUCUGUUAAUUUUAUAAGCUAGAAGUCACUAUAAUGGAUUAUGCCAAUUCUGAAAAUUUUUACAUGUAUCUGGCAACAUAGGAUUUAUCAGUUAUCAGACACUUCAUUGUACCAGAGAUUGUCCAGAAAUUUUAAAAGACCUUUGCAUCCCUGAACUGAGCUAUGGGAAAAUAAUAAGGAUAAUAAUAAUAAUAAUAAUAAUACCAAUAUUAAUGGCAGUACCCACUCAGAUCAAGGGUACUUAAUUAGAACAACAAAAAGGUUUGCACCCCCAAAUGUCCUGUAUCUUAUGUAAAAAAAAAAACCACAAAACACAAAAAAACAACAAAAAAAAACUGCAAGUGAUUUUUCUACCAGACAGCGAAGCACCCCUUUGCUUCCCAUGCAACUUCAAGAAGGUUUCCUAUACUAUACAUAUAUAUACGUUCUGGUUGGCACGUCCUGCUGAUCAGAGAAAGUCUCUGCAUGUUCUAGUGUUAGUAACUAAUUUUUAUAUAGUUAAUGUAGGAUAAAGUAGAGUGCAUUAAGACACAAUAUUGUAAUCCCUAUUCUAGGCACUUGCCUUUAAACUAUGUUUUUCAGCCCUUCAGAAGGGUUCUACUACUGUCCUAUACAAUCAAGUAACUGAAAUUCUUGGGAAGACACUUUGCUCCUCAUCUUUCCCCCCUGAAACAAUGUUGUUUUGUUUUGUUUUUUUUUUCCUUAAUUUGCACGAAAACAAAAAUUCCAUAUCAAUGUGCCUUGCCCUGGAUAGCGAUUAUUUGUGGAAUUGUUGCACAUGCUCCUCUAUUGAAAGGGGUUUUUCCCUAGUCAAGCAUUUGAAGACACUUUUUUUGUAAAUGUGACUUUUAUGUCAGCCAUCGUCAGUUUCAACAUCUAGAGCUAAAUAGAAAGUUAGUCGUUUCCACAGAUAGGAGUAGUCCUUAUUGUCCUCUGUGGUCGGUGGCAGUGCUAUUCUGAGAUCUGUAGAUGCUUAGAAUAUCAGUAUUUUGGAUGUUGCUGCAUAUUACAAUUUAUUUGGAGUCUUCCUUUAUUCCCCCCUCCCUCCCCACCCCAGAUAUAUGAAAAUAUGCAAUACCUGCUUAUAUCGUGUAGAAAAGCUUAGCGAUUAUUCAUUUUUCUUUCCUUUUAUUCUUUUCUUUUUUUUUUUUUUUAAUUUGACCAAAGUCGGUGCUGCGCUUGGCGCAGUGUGUGUUUUAGGUGUUUGUCUUUGUACUUUUUUGUGUGUGAUUUUUGAAUGCACGUGCGCAGGAAGGGCUCCUCUUAGAGAAGCAGUCAAACUGUGAAGCACUAAGCUGACCCUGCUUCAAGCAAUUUUGUUUUGACAACUGUUCCUUUCACAAGCAAGCCUUAAAAAAAAAAAGACAACUUCCUUUUUCUUCAGCUCCCACACCCCAUUUUUCUUAGCAGACUGCAGUCAAUCCACAUUCAAUAAAAAAGUAUAUAAUGCCCAUUUUUAUAUGCACGUUUUUAAACUUCCAAGUUCUAAAAAUUGUUUACUGGUUAUCUCUAUUUAAGGAAAAAGAAAUAAAAUAAAACAUUUUGGAUUUUCAUAUGUGUCUGAUAAGUGGUUGAAUAGUCGUUGGGCGCUGUUGUAUGGUGUGAUUGUCAGUAUAUGGUGUCACUUCCUAUAGCCAGCAUACUUUGCCUUCCCCUAUAGCACUUAGCUGGGCAUUACUUUAUGAUGACAUAUAUGCACUAAAAAAAGACAAAAAAGGAAAAAAAAAAAGAAAAAAAUAGCAGCUUUCAGUGCUUCACAGUGAAGGGAAAAAAGCCUAGACAAACAUUUUGUCAGAACCUUGCAAUAAGCCAAGGUAUUACCAGUAAAUUGGUUGUACAUACAAUGAAAUUGCACCCUUUUUUAAAAACAAAACAAACUAAGCAAUAGUUUGGGCAGUUUUAGUUGUUUUUAGUGAGCAUGUUGUCGUCUUGACUGCAAAGAGAGAGAAUAAACUGCCCGCUCAGAAGAUACGUAAUUUGUAUUGUUGUAUAGUUUUAUUGAUUACACUGAUUUAUUCUACCCUAUUUUAUAAUGCAGGACUUUUGUACUGUUGUUUAAAUGAGGAAAAAAUUUCUGUCAAAUUAGCCUAGUGAAAUUUCUGAUCGUUCAUUGUAAAGGCAGCAUUCAUAGAAUUGCUUUUCUUUCUUUCCCGUCCCCCCCCCCCCCUUUUUGGGAACUGGAUUUAAGUUGAAAACUCUCCUGUUUCCUUUUUUGUUUUGUUUUGUUUUGUAAGUAUUUAAAUACAGGUGUUUUUUUUUUCUCAAUGGUAUGGAAUAUUCCUAUGCUUGAGAAGUAUAGGGCUACUGAAAAACCAUUGUAAAAGGACGUUACAGGUAUGCUGUAUUUUUGAAGGUGUUUUGUUGUAUUAAGUUUGAUGAAGCUAAAAUUAGGGAACUCUGAACAGAUUUGCAGGAAAAAAAAUGUUUUAAAGGCUUUAAAACAUUAGGGAGGCAGUCUAAGGUGAUCACAAACAGGGGUUAAGUCUUAUAUACACUAAGUUCCAUUUCUGUUCAUGUUUCAUUGUCCAGAAAGCAGCAGGAAACUGUAGUUCAGUUGUGAUCCAGCAGGAAAAAAGCAACACCAACAGUAGGAGUGUUUACCGUGGUUUAAUCAAAGCCAAGUGAAGAUGUUAGAGAAAGACUUUGCUACCUGGGGUGUAGACUGACAGACAGACGAGGGCAGGGGCCACCUGGGAAGGCCCAGCCCUGGAGUCUGAGACACAUUGGUCAAUAUUUUUUCUCGCCCCAUCAAAUGGCAUUUAACAAGAUUGGCCAAGAGAAGCCCCUCAAAAGUAUUUGUUUAAAUGACUUACCAUCAUUUUUAUUUGGGAACUAAAGUCAGAGGCACAAACACUAAGUUGGGUCCUUUUCCUGGAUUCUUUUUGUUUCCUGGCCUCCACCCUCUUCCACUUUCACACAGUACCAAUAACGCUGCUUUUCUGGUGAUUCUGGGGCCAGCGUCCUCUCCUGAAAGCUCCUCUGUCCUUUCUAGAACCUUCUCUGGUUCUGGUCAACGUUUCCGUUUCUUCACACUCUGACAGUGACAGAGAGUCAGCUCCUCCAAACCAGACCCCAAGGUCAGGCAUGGGGGACCACCCCUUUCUCCCCCACACUUCCCAACACUGGCUUUCAUCUUUGUCUGACAGUCGUUGCCAUGUCAGUCAGUUCAUGGGACUAUGUAGACCCAUCUCAAAAAAUUGGUCUCUCUUCUCCCAACCCUCAUUCUUUAUGCUUUGAAUUCUCUAGAACAGUGUCACAAAGUCUUGACAGAAUCUGAAUUCAGAAAAAUUUUUUUCUUCCCUUUGAUUUAUUUGGGGGGGGGGUGGUUUCUAAGGAUAUCACAAUGUACUUUGAAUCAUGUCUCUGGAAAUAUCAUUUUGUUCAUAGUGGUGGUGGUAUCUCUAUCUCUCUUUCUGUCUCUCUUUCGUCUUUUUUUUUUUUUCCUGGUAGCAGGCCUCCAUAGAACAAACUUACACCACAACUGGCAUGGUCAUGUAAGGAUAGCUUGAGUGGCACUUCCACACAUCCCCUGUCACCAGUGGCAGAAAGCCACACUGCCCAACAGCAGAGCUUUCCUUCACAUCGACUUCUAAGACCAGUUCCGUUCUGAAGUUCAUGCAUGUCUUUACUGUGUGACAGUAAACCCGCUCUGCCUUCUCCAUGUCCAAGGCUGUGCAUUCGUCUGAUUAGUGUCAUGUCUGUUUCCCUUUUUAUUUUUUCCAAUUAAAAAAAAAAAAAGCAGUGGGAUGAAAAUUGCUUUGAUAUAUAGCAGGUAACAUUGAAGCUAUUCCAUAGCACUUAACUGUAGUGAAUACUGUGUCACCAAUUCUGAAAUCAAUUUAAUGUUUAAUGCAAAUCCAUUACAUGGUGCUAUUACAGGCUGACAAAAUGAUUUACACAAAUGUGACAACUUGGGCUCAAUUCACUCGCUUUCCAACAGUGUAAAUGCAUAGCAGUGUUUAUCUGCAUGAGAACUAUGCACUAAUCUAUCCGAAGGAAAAAAAAAAACUAUAUCAACUUUGGUAUCUACUUUCCGUUUACUUCAAUCCUUGCCUUUUUGGUCAUUGUUAUAAUGCCAGCUUUAGGACAGAAAGAAUUAUAAGAAAACCAGCAUAAUACCUGAUAUAUUAAAAUGUAGUGCCUGUGAAAACUGUAUUAUAUUGCUCUUCUGAAGUAAGAUUUUUCUACACCGGUAGCCUUCGCUGUCUGUCAGUCAGGACCUUCUGGUAUAGGUGAUGUAAAAUAACCGUACAAUAUUAAUGCAUGCUAUUCCAUAAUGCUUAGUGAACUGUAUGAAUAUUACUCAAAGUUAUGUUAGUCUUUUUUUUUUUUCUGACUUGGUUCUUGUCAGUUAGGUUUUAAAGGUAUUUCACUGAGAACGCAAAUUCUGUCUUUUCUUAAUUUCUGCUGUUUUCAGUAUUUCGGAGGUAUACAUUGACUUAAAUUCAGUAUUACUUGUGUUUUUGUUCUUGUUUUUGUGUUUUGUAUUCUUUUUCUUAGGGGGACAAGCAUGGGUGUUUGAUUUCAGAAAUCUGUACCUGGCAAAACUUUUGUCUCAAAAUUACCAUUUGAAUCUCAAGAACUCUGCUCUGAAGACACUUGGAGAACAUUUGCAAGUGAGGGGUAAUUUCCCUGACCCUCUGAAGCACUCUGAUGUUGAACAUUUUUUUUUAAAUGGACAAUGAUCAGCCAGGUACCCAUGCUCAACCCGUCUUCACACCAGAUCUCCUCAUACUAAAAGGAAAAAAAAAAAGAAAAAGAACAAAAAAAAAAUCUUUUAGAAAUCACGUGGCUAUUUAGUUUCAUGCACAGUUGCGAUAUUUUCUUCAAAAUUAAAACUGUACAAACUUCAGGCCCGAUUCAUAAGAAAAAUAAAUGUGCUAUUAACACGAGAAUUUUUUUAAAUAUACGGGAGGGGUCUAAAUUAAGAUCUGCUUACUUCCCAAAGUCUCAUAUUUUUUCCUAAGUCAGCAUCCAUCUGCCUUUUCAUGCUCCAAAGGUUUAUAGAACCUCCUUUGGGCCAUGAAGGAAAGAGGCGAUCAUCAGACGCUCACAAAUACUCAGAAGGGGAACUUCCUAGAGUUGGACACAGAUGGCCACUGCCUGUGUAGACAAAAGGCAUCUUGAGUUUCCCAGACAGAUGCCCCAUGACCCUUACAGUGCCAGACUCCACAGGUGGGUGCAGAGCUGACUUUUGCUGUGGUUUUAAGAAGCCAGAGUGUCCCCAGAAUUGGACUGUUGUUUUUCCUGUUGUUUUUACAUGCUUUUCCAGGUGACAGAAGCUUUUGAUUCCCUUUGACUCUAGUUGUAUUAUUCUUUUAUUAAAACAUCUAUUAUUUUUAGCAAUAGUCUGGAAUAUGCACUUUUUUUUUCUUUUUUUUUUUUUUUGGUAACAUCUCAGUCAAAGGUCACACAAGGCCACACUGACUUUUCCCUGGUGACGAUGGAGGUUGAGAAACUAGAGCCAACCCUGCCCUCCCUCUAGCCCCUCUUCUCUGCCACCACAUUGGGGACUGGCAGCCCUGAGACACUGAGUAGAACUUGCAGUUCUGGAAGGUUCCUUAGGCAAUAACAUGCUCCUGCUUCCCACAGCCACUUCCCUACUCUCCCACAAAGUACCCUGGGAACUAUUCCUACCAACUUGGUCUGUCCUCUUCAGAUCACCUUCAUUUUUUUGGUUCCUUUGUCUUUUUUUUUUAUUAUUAUUUCAAAUCAGGGAAUGGGGUGAGGAAUGGACCCAUUCCAGUGAGAUCGUGUUAAUAACUUGGUUUGAGACGUGUUUCUUAUGAGCCGGGCCGCUGUGCCUCUAGUAUAUGUGUAUUGACUCCCCUAGUUACCCUUUUAGUUUUACUGUGUUCUGUGAAAAUGUGUAAUUGGUUGAGAAUCACUGUGGGCGGCCAUUCUUAUUCAACUAAAUCAAAUCUCCACAGGUUUAUUUUUUGGGUUUUUUUUUUUUUUUUUGAGCUGGUGUGGAUUAGUUUAACUCUUGUAUUCAACCAUUAGUGCUACCACCUUCUCACAUUACAAUACAAUUACUGGAAGCAAGUACUGCAUUUCCUAUGCAACAAAAAAGGAAAAAUAAAAAAUUGCUAAUGCUA